UGUCAUUACAUUGGUGAGGCUCUCAUUCAUUUAGAGCAAAGCAUAAUGUAACAAUACAACCAGGAAAAAAAAAAGGGUUUGCUGCAGAUGCAUUUUCGACUUUAUGUAGUCUCUUUCGGCUUUAGCCCUCUCUUGUAAAUAAAAAGAGAAGUGAAUGUUCUAAAAAAGUUGAAAGAUCCAUUUUCUAGGCGGAUCAUCAUUCUGGCAAGUACUAUAAGAAUCCGCACUACUUUAUGAGUUCUUUUUCUGGUCAUGCUAAUAUAUAGAUAUUGGUUUUGCCGGAUUUUUCUGACGCGGCCUCACCCAAUUGUUUCUAUAACAAGGGAAUGAAACCGAUGUCGAGCUCCGUAAAUUUUGCCUCAUGGUUUCUAUUUACUUAUCAAAGUUACACCUCGAUUUGGCAUCUUAUUUCUGUAUAUAUAUGGAUCUCUCUUGUCAUGAAAGCUUCAAGCCACCAUCAAACCCUCGAUCCCAUCUGCCUGAUCUUACGAAUUUCUCAGAGCCAAAAGCAAGAAUGGCCAAGAUCGCAGCUUUGUUCUUCACCGCUCUAUGUCUCUGUCACAUGCUGGCCCACGCCAGUCGUCCUGAACCAAGUUUUCACGAGGAAUCCGUCGAGAAAACGCAACACGAGGGGGAUAUACAGGGCGUGGAGGACAAGUGCGAAGACGUGUCAGCGGACGGAUGCUUGAUGAGAAGGACACUAGUGGCUCAUCUGGACUACAUCUACACACAGUCACCAAACAUUAACGCCUGAAAUUUCUCUUCUCCUCCUACUAACCACUAGCACAUUCCGCACUCCACACACUCAAAUGCUUACAUGUACACACUCAAUCCUUUGUCCACUCACUCUCUACUUUUCUCCUUUUAUCAAGCUUCAGUGAAGAAUCUGUGCAUCUAUGUACUGAGUAUGUACAAUACGCAGUCGCGUGUUUGUGAAUUAAUUACUUGUCUUAAGAAUGUGAGAUUUGUGAGUUUGCUAUCGUAUUGUAUCAGACAGAUGUGCUCUUACCCAUUCAUGCUAACUUUAUCGCGUUGGUAAUGAGUA